AUGAGGCCCAUUCUUCUUGCCGGGCACGAGCGUGCGCUCACCCAGAUCAGAUUCAACAAAGAUGGCGACCUCAUCUUCUCCGUCGCAAAGGAUCAGCAAAUCUGCGCCUGGUUCUCCCACAACGGCGAGCGACUUGGAACCUACCACGGCCACGUUGGUGCCAUCUGGACAGUCGAUGUCAACCCCACCUCAACCAUGAUCGCCUCCGGUUCUGCCGACAACACCAUCCGUCUCUGGGAAGUCAAGACUGGCCGUCUCAUCAAGACCUGGGAGUUCCCCACCGCCGUCAAGCGAGUCGAGUUCAACGAAGAUGCCACCAAGUUGCUGGGAGUUACCGAGAAGCGAAUGGGUUACCUCUCCAACAUCGUCGUCAUCGACAUCAACCCCGAUCUCAACGCUGAGCAGACCGACGAGAAGGCUCUCACUAUUGUUUGCGACGAGAGCAAGGCCACCGUUGCUGGAUGGAGUGCUCUCAGCAAGUACAUCAUUGCCGGACAUGAGGAUGGUAGCGUAAGCCGAUACGAUGCCAAGACUGGUGAUCUCCUCGACAACGUUCCCGUCCAUGAACUCAACCAGCCCAUUGUCGAUCUCCAGUGGUCUCCCGACCGUACCUACUUUAUCACCGCAUGCAAGGACAAGACCGCCAAGCUCAUCUCUGCCCGCGAUCUCGAGGUCCUCAAGACCUAUAUAGCCGACACACCCCUCAACAGUGCCACUAUCACCCCCAAGAAGGAAUUCGUCAUCCUCGGUGGUGGUCAGGCCGCUAUGGAUGUUACCCGAACUUCUGCCCGUCAGGGUAAGUUCGAGGCUCGUUUCUAUCACAAGAUCUUCGAGGACGAGAUUGGUCGUGUGCGAGGUCACUUCGGUCCUCUGAACACUGUCGCUGCCGAUCCUACAGGCAAGAGCUACGCCAGCGGCGGAGAGGAUGGAUACGUGCGAGUUCACCACUUCGACAAGGGUUACUUCGACUUCAACUACGAGGUUGAGAGGGAACGAAUCAACCGAAUGCAGUAG